AUGCAGCAAAAAAAACGACUGGAAAUGGAAAGGUAUGGAAUUGAGAGGAGAAUGAAGAAGGCGCUGGAUGAAAUGGAUACAAGUCAAAUCGCUCCUUUGACCGAAGAGCUCACGGCCCUAAAAGAGAAACUCUCCGAACUGGCGGUGCAAGCAGCAGCCGAAGACGCCAAAACCGCCGCCGUUGUUGUGCCGCCAUCAGAGGAAACCCCAGAAGAAGAGGGGGAAAUCCCGCCUGCAGCCACUGUUCGCGGUUUGGAGGUUAUUUUCGAAUUCCUGUCGCGCCAGAAAUUCUCGCCGAUCCCGCCGGGAUUGGGACAUUUGAUCGAGAAGAUGGUCAUACCCGAGAUUGCAGUCGAAGACAAGUGUAUUCGAUUGGCGGCGGUCAAGUGUUUCAUUGUUUUGUGUCCGCGAAGCAUGGACAUUGCGUUCAAGUUUCUUGGCGUUAUGUUUGAGAUUGUGCGAUUGGACAGUGACCCAGUGGUUGCAGAGAAAGCUCUGAUUGCCCUUUUCAACGCUCUUCUUCGAUGGGGCCCGGCAUUGGUCAAUAAGCAAGACCUAAUUUGCUCAGUGGUGAGUGCAAGUCGAUUGGAUUCAUCAAAUAACACAAGUUUGGCUGGUCUUCCUGGGAAAGAGCGCAUCGAACGCAAACUUACGUCACUUCUUGACCGCGAGGAAGAAGAACUUAGAAUCAUUACCGCUGAUGGACUCGGGAAGAUGAUGUUGGAUCCUCGUUGGCGAUGCUCGACCGUUAUCUCUGAUCUGUUCUUGGCAAAUCACGUUUACCAUGAUUCAAGCUCAAAAGUGCGUCAGUCAAUCAUUACCUUUUUCAAGAUGUACUGCUUCUUCGUCGACGACCCCGAGACGUUGGUAUCCGCCUUCAUGCGGGCUCUCAUAAUUCUUGCUCAGGAGAUUGCUCUGCUCCUUCAACUACGGAGCCUACUCCUGUUUGCCCGGCUCUACGCAAAUCGAAAGGAAUUGUUGACGCAUCUUACGGAUCGGACCGACACUGCCGUCGUGCUGUGGAUGACGUUUGGGAGAAUGAUUGGCUGGCUUUGUCCGCCGAGAGAUAAAUUCGUCGCUGUCCGAAGUCUAAAGGCGUCCACUGCCGUUGUUAUCCAGAUGAAGGAGUGGGAGCAGAACAAGCAAUUUUCCAGAGACUUGCAGCGGUUCAUGAAGCGAUGUGAAGUGGUCCUUUCAUUCGCACCCAAGGACAUGUAUCCGGGUGAAUCGUCGAUUUCCACCGAAAAUCGUACUUCGACGAAUAACCAGGAUUCGAUGGUUGCCCAAAUUUCAGGAUUCGAGUCUGAGAUCGACAAUGAUAAUGAAACCAAAGAAAAUGACCAACCAGCUGCUGGAAAUUUAAAUUCGGCCAAUGAAAGAUUGGUCUCCGUUGGGGCCAUGAGCCAGUUCAGCUCUAUCACGAGCUUUGAUCCCAUGGUUUGCAGCACCGUUAGAAAGCCAUUGCUUUCAAUUAAUUCCGAAAUAACGGAGUCGACAGUUCGCGACGAUGAUGCCGUCAGCGAUAGUGUCUUCGAUUCAUCAAACCAUGAGUCGUGA